AUGGAUCGUGCGCAAAUCCUUGCGCGACCAGAUGCGGCGGGCUCGACCUCGACAGCAGCAGGACCUCAGCCUCACCCCGGCCAACCGAGCAGGCGACGGAAGAACCAUAGGGGAGGCAAGAAGAAGAAGACAAGGAGAAAGUCUUUUGCUGUCGCUCCGGAUGACAUGGCUCGUGACGGUGUUGAUUCGGGCAUUGACGAGAGCGAGGAUCGCUUCUAUUCAAGACCGGCCCAUAACCUCAGUAAUACAAGUAUCGAUAGCGAGACCCUGCUAGACCAUAGAGCCCAACAAGCUUUCUUGAGGCCCCGACGCCCUUCGGUUUUGACCCCAGGCCACUCGAGCGGAAGCAGGUUGAGGCCUGUCGCGGUGAAGAACGACAGUGGAGGCGAUGACGAAGACGACGACACGGCACUGUGGGGUGAAGGAGCGCCUUUACUUUCCAGUUCUGUCUUCAAGAAAGCCGAGACAUUUGGGGGUUAUGGCGCAAACGAUGCUGCCCCGCGAAGGGCCGGGCCUGGCAGCCGCCGCGACUCGAGCAGGGGCAGCAGCAUGAAGCGAUUCAUCGGUACAUUCCCAGGUAGCGGGGCCGAGAGCUACAAUGUCAACUAUCCGCCCUCAGUCCCUGCUUCUCCCUCCCUGCGUCCAACCGACCGCUUGGACAUGAGUUUCAGCGAUGUGCUGCUUCGGCACGAGCUCGAAAGCGGUCAGCGGUCACCUGGGAGGACGCUUGACGAUAGCGAUGGCCGAGGGGUUCCAACAUUCCAGCAGUCGCCUCUUGACAGAAGACAUACUAUCGCUCUACAAGCUGAAGAGGACGUCUGCUUUCCCCAAGAGGGCCUCUCGGAAAUCGCUGAAGACGACCUUGGCCCACGAGACGCCGGUGCGUAUCGUAUGCGGGGAAGGAGGCGCCGUGGGAAAUGGCCAGAUCUGUCCAUCUUAGAUGAAUGGAGCCAAUUCGAAAAGGAGGGCCGCAGCGAAGAGCGCCGCGCCAAAAAGAUCACAGAGCCGCAACUGAUCAAUGGGAGGCUGAGGCCCGUCCACCGGGGUUGGUUUAGAUCCGAGGAAGACGCGCCUUAUCGUUUCACAUACUUCAACGAAGAGUUCCAGACCACUAUCCACAGUCAAACCAUCUCGGAACUUGUCCAACCAGGAGGGACUUUCAAGGAGCUUUUUCUUCCCGAUCCGCCAGUCCUAUCCGACUCCUCUGACGACGAAGACGAAGACGAUGACAUCACAAUAGGCUUGCAGCAGGUGUUGGCUGGCCAAAACGGAGCACCUGGGAUUCCCGCACGACAGCCAUCUCUUGCAACCACCACUCAAAGUUACUUUGACGCCCGUAGGGAGCGUCCUCAGUCCGUCGAAAAUCCGAUGUCCCCACCUACAGAAUUUAGGCAAGACUUGGGAGACCGUACGCCUCCGAGAUACGUCAAGUCGCCCGAGCCAUUCAAGUCACCCCAAGCCUCAAAAUCACCGCAGCCAACGGCCAAGGGUGACAAGCCGCUCAAGUAUGGCGACAGACCGGUAUGGUGGCUUGAUAUUCUCAGCCCGACAGAAGCUGAGAUGAAGGUGAUUUCUAAGGCCUUUGGGAUUCAUCCACUGACUGCCGAGGACAUCUUGAUGCAAGAGCAGCGAGAGAAGGUUGAACUCUUUCGCCACUACUACUUCGUCAAUUACCGCACCUUCGAUCAGGACCAGAACAGCGAGAACUUCCUCGAGCCUGUUAACAUGUACGUCGUGGUUUUCCGAGAAGGCGUUCUCAGCUUCCACUUCUCCAUGACUCCGCACCCGGCCAACGUACGGCGACGUAUUCGCCAGCUGCGGGAUUAUUUAAUUCUCUCGUCCGAUUGGAUCUCGUACGCAAUUAUUGACGAUAUCACGGACGUCUUUGGACCCUUGAUUCAAAACAUUGAGGACGAGGUAGACGACAUUGAUGAUGAGAUUCUUCAACUUCAUUCCUCGGCCAAUACAGUCUCGGGGGAUCCCAACAAGAGAAAAGACUCGGAGAAAACCGAUACCGGGGAGACCACAUCAGCCGAGUCCGGUCGGGAUAUGCUGCGACGCGUGGGAGACUGCCGGAAAAAGGUCAUGUCCCUGUACAGGCUCCUCGGCAACAAGGCAGAUGUCAUCAAGGGCUUCGCUAAGCGUUGCAACGAGCACUGGGAGGUGGCGCCGCGGUCAGAGAUUGGAUUAUACUUGGGCGAUAUUCAGGAUCAUAUUGUGACCAUGACGUCGAACCUGAGCCACUAUGAAAAAAUUCUCGCCCGCUCACACGCCAAUUACCUGGCCCAGAUCAACAUUCGAAUGAACGAGCGGCAGGAGCAGACGGCCGACGUCCUCGGGAAGCUCACCGUUCUGGGCACCAUCGUUUUACCCAUGAACAUCAUCACCGGCCUGUGGGGCAUGAAUGUCUGGGUGCCCGGCCAGGAAUACGAGGGCGACCUGAAGUGGUUCAUGCUAAUCACGGCUGGUCUGCUCUGUUUCGGUCUUGUCUGCUUUUUGAUCGCCAAGCGGGUAUAUAAAAUCGUCUAG